ACCACCCGUACAGUGAGUAUGCGUCAGUGAGGCCCUUCCCUCAGCGGAAAGCAGACGGGAUCGCUAGAUUCUAGCUCAACCGCCGUCAACCGCUCGCCCAGACAGUCGGGUCCCAGUUCGAGAUGGGGCCCCUCUACGCGCCCUUGCUGUCCAUCCUGGUCGGGCUGGUGUCCUCGCACCUGCCCGCUACCGGUCAGGUGCAGCUUCAGCCCAACGAGCCGGAGCCGCAGUUCCUGGCCGCGCUGGAGAACAUGACGGCGUCGCAGGGCCGGGACGUCCAGUUCACAUGCAUCGUGGACCAGCUCGGGCCGUACAGGGUGGCGUGGAUCAAGUCGGACACGAAGGCCAUCCUGGCCAUCCACACCCACCUGGUGGCGCACAACCAGCGGCUGUCCGUCACACACAACGGCCACAACACGUGGCGUCUCCACGUCAACAACGUGCAGCCCUCGGACAACGGCACCUACAUGUGCCAGAUCAACACGGAGCCGAUGCGGUCCCAGAUGGGGUCGCUGUCCGUGGUGGUGCCGCCGGACAUCCUGAGCAACGACUCCUCCGAGACGAGCGGCGUGGCGCGCGAGGGCGGUAGCGUCAUGCUGCGCUGCACGGCCGUCGGCGUCCCCGAGCCCACCGUCAGCUGGCGCCGCGAGGACACCGCCAACAUCGUCUUCAGGCACGACGGCGGCCGCGAGAAGCAGGCCGUGCGGUCGGUGGCGGGGCCGGUGCUGGCGCUCUCCGGCGUCAUGAGGCAGGACAUGGGCACCUACCUGUGCAUCGCCACGAACGGGGUGCCGCCCGCGGUCAGCAAGCGGUACCAGGUGCAGGUCCACUUCGAGCCGCUCAUCAAGGUGUCCAACCAACUGGUGGCGGCCCCGGCCUACAGUGACGUCAUCAUCCAGUGCUACGUGGAGGCCUCCCCGAAGGCCAUGAACACGUGGUGGCGGGAGAGCGCCACCAUGGCGGCGGGCGGCGCCCACGAGAUGGACAAGCUGGUCCAGGGCGACAAGUACAUCAUGCAGGAGAUCCAGCUGUCGGACUACGCCGUGCUCAUGAACCUCACCAUCCGCGGCCUGGCCAAGCGCGACUUCGGCGGCUACGUCUGCUCCUCCGUCAACGUCCUGGGCAAGUCCGAGGGGAACAUCCGCCUGCAAGAGCUGCACCUGCCGGUGUCCCCCAGCACCACGACCUCGACCACGCCGCCGAGGCACUCCCACGACCCGGGCAAGCACCGCAACCGGAACAAGAGCACCAACGCCAACAACAAGACCCCCGCGCACAGCAAGGACACGCUGGCCAAGCAGGGCCGCAAGAAGCAGCCGCAGGAGCAGGAGGGGGCGGCCUCGUCCACGGAGCAGCUGGGCGACAGCACGGCCACGGCCACGGCGCCGCACUGGGACGCGUCCACCAAGUCGCCGCCGCGGCGCCGCGACCGCUGGAACGACAUCCCGGGCUCCACGGACCGCCAGACGCCUGGCGCCGCCCUGCUGGCCGUUCACGACGCCAUGAAUGCUCUUGUUUUGGGAUGA